AUGGCAGCCAUAACAGGUUUAACCCUCACAACCCCAAAAACCUUAGCCAAGGCAUCAGAUACAUCAAAAAUCAAGGCCAUCAACAACUUCUCAUUCCCAUGGAAGAAGAGGUGCAACACCCAAUUCCUCCGCCUCGUGGCUGCGGCGGCACCGGAGGAUCUUUCAGAGAAGGUGGUGGAGAGCAUUAAGAGUGCGGAGGAGGUCUGCUCCGAGAACCCUGUUAGCGGAGAGUGCGUGGCCGCUUGGGACGAGGUUGAGGAGCUAAGUGCCGCAGCGAGCCAUGCAAAGGAUAAAAAGAAAGAUUCUGAUCCUUUGGAGAAUUAUUGCAAGGAAAAUCCAGAGACUGAUGAGUGCCGUACUUAUGAUAAUUGA